GGUCCCCCGGAUAAAUAUCCCGAGCGGACCCGGGCGGCCCGACGCGUCCGUCUCAGAGCCGGGCAGAGCGCGCGCAGAGCAGCGGCGGUGGUGGUGAUGCGCGAGCUUCGUUCGCACUACGGACAUUUACACUGAGUCGCAAGAAGAAGCAGACAUGACUUGUGUUCAAAGCCAACAUGGAAUCCAGCCUUAUGAGAGCAUUCUCUUCAGCUCAGAGCUUAUGAACCCUGACUUCACCUCCAGGUUGGCCAUGGACGUGAGCGAACAGCGCGAGCAGCUCUCCACCUCCUCUCUGCCAAGCAUCACAUCUCUGGUGGGAGGCUACGGGGGAGAAUUCGAUGCCUACUCCUGUCAGCUUUCUAGUGCUUCUGCAACUGCUUCAACCUGCAUCGGCGCCACGUCAGGACAGGACUUCUUCAAGCUGGACGACCUACAGGUUCACGGCUGCUAUCCCGGCAUGUUUACCUUGAGCUACAUGGAUGAUGCGCUGUCUACAUCAGGUGGCUCGAACUGUUUCGGCAGCCCCGUCUCGGCUCCUUCACCCUCGACCCCAGGUUUCCAGUCAGUGCCUUCCUGGGAUGGAGCGUAUGGGUCCUGCUCUCCUGAUGCAAGCUGCUGGGGUUCAGAGAAGACUCCUCUUCCUCAGGCCUCUUCCUUUUUUACUUUCGGACCUUUCUCAGGAGAGGACAUGUCUCCUCUGGGGCAGAUGCAGCAACAUCAGCUUCCUGAUCAAGAUCCAUUUUCCCAAAGCCAUCAGAACAGCUUCAGUCCACUCAGGUUGGAUCCCAGCAGCAGGGACAGUUCGGUUUUGGUGGACAAUCAGCUGUCCCCCAAACUCAAGAGUCCAACGGGAAACGAAGGGUGUUGUGCGGUGUGUGGGGACAACGCCUCCUGCCAGCACUAUGGAGUGCGCACCUGCGAGGGCUGCAAGGGCUUCUUUAAGCGUACAGUACAGAAAAAUUCCAAGUAUGUAUGCCUAGCUAAUAAACAAUGCCCAGUGGACAAGCGACGACGGAACAGGUGCCAGUUCUGUCGCUUUCAGAAGUGCCUGGCAGUGGGAAUGGUGAAAGAAGUCGUAAGGACAGACAGCCUAAAGGGCAGAAGGGGUCGGUUGCCUUCUAAACCCAAACCAGUCACAGAAUCAGUGUUCCCUGGGAACAUCAUCACCUCCCUUGUGAAUGCUCACAUGGAAUUCAACCCAGACGCAACAAAACUGGACUACACAAGGUAUCAGCAGACCAUGGUUAGCAUGUCUGAAAAAGAGGACGCCCAUGACAUCCAGCAGUUUUACGACCUGCUGACCGGCUCCAUGAGCGUGAUCAGGAAGUGGGCCGAAAGCAUCCCAGGAUUCACCACGUUCUCAAAGGAGGAUCAGGACUUGCUUUUCGAAUCAGCCUUUGUCGAGCUCUUCAUAUUACGACUGGCUUACAGAUUGCAGCCCGAUACGGACAAACUGAUCUUCUGCAACGGGGUGGUCCUUCACCGCACGCAGUGUGUGCGUGGAUUCGGCGAGUGGAUCGACUCCAUUAUGAAGUUCUCACAGAGUUUGCAUCGUCUAAACUUGGACGUGGCGUCGUUCUGCUGUCUCGCCACACUAGUCAUUAUAACAGAUCGCCACGGCUUGAAGGGGCUCAAACGGGUGGAAGAUUUACAAAAUCAUCUUAUAACGUGCCUCAAAGACCACGUCACCACGAGUGUCUCCGAAUUGGCACGUCCCAACUACCUGUCCCGGCUGCUGGGGAAACUGCCUGAGCUCAGGACCCUUGGUACUCAAGGCUUUCACCGCAUCCUUUACCUUAAACUAGAAGACCUUGUCCCACCUCCUCCGAUCUUGGAGAAGAUCUUCAUGGAAACGAUGCCUUUUUAAAUCUGACUGUAAUGCUAUUUUGAGACACGGUUUUCAACACAAGAUUGUGAUGACAUGAACAAACGUGAACGUGGCAGAGAAGAUAUUUGGAAGCACUUGUCAAAGCCUGGCAGCUGUUUAUUUUAUUUCCUAUUUUUAUAAUUUUUUUAAAAAUACAAUCUUAUCAAAAGGAGAAAAAUUAUCAUUCUGGGAAAAAAACUUGCCUCAUGUUCCCCUAAUUCAGUUUUCCUACUCCGGAAUCGUGGCUUUUUUUUGUUUUUCGGAACUUAAACAACAAAAAUCUGUAAUUUUGUGCAGCUUAUCGAUUGAUACACGAUCAAUGAUACGUGGUGUGUUUGUAUGUGUGUGUUUGAGAGGAAUCACAACCUAUCACUUAAACAGUAUUAGAGCUUUAUAACUUAUAACUUGACAAUACCGAUGUCAUCAACAUCCAGACAACAUCGAUGGUGCUUUAAUAACACACCUGUGGUUUAUUUGAAAAUAAAAAGGCCAUGGACCAAAACUGAUAUUGUUUACUUGGUUGCACAAAAUGACUAAAUAAAGCCAUAUAUCUCCACAAGACUUAGGAGUACAAAAUGAAUGUGAAUGCAAUAGAAAGAAAGAGAAAAUGGGGGGAAACAAUCACUUGCUGUGCAGAAAACACAAGAUGUUUAUGCCGUCUAGACUUUUCUUCACCAGACAACAAAAGUUUACACAUCAUUCAAAUCCUGUUUGGGGAGUUUUUUUUUGCCAUACAUAUUCACAUCACUAAGCAGCGAUAAUAAUCAAUUUCCAUCCCAACAUUUCUAAAGAUGUCCAUGUUUUUUUGUUUUUUUUUUGCAAGCCAUUUUAUUCUGAGUAUUAUCACGGACUGAAGAAUUUGUUUAGUGUGCCAGCCAGACUUAUACAUAUUUGGAUGUACUGUAUGUAAAGAGAUGGCUCGAUAUUAUGCUAUAUAUUUUGUCUUUAUACUGGCAUAGUGAAAAUGUCUGGGCAUUAUGGUGUUUUUUUUAUAUAUAAUAUUUUUGAUAUUCUUAGAUGUUUGCUAUCUUUCAUUACCACUGUUGUUCAGCACUAUACAUUAAACAAAUAUGAACAAUCAA